UACAUAUUUUUUUUACCUUAAGAUGGCCGCCAUCCCUCUUCUGACUCCACACAAGAUGGGAAAAUUUGAUCUUUCUCACAGGGUUGUUUUGGCACCAUUGACGAGAUCAAGAUCCUAUGGCAACGUUCCACAACAACAUGCUAUCUUGUACUACUCUCAGAGGACAACUAAAGGAGGCCUUCUCAUAAGCGAAGCCACUGGGGUCUCGGAUACAGCCCAAGGAUACCCGGCCACUCCUGGGAUAUGGACAAAGGAGCAGGUGGAAGCUUGGAAGCCAAUUGUGGAUGCCGUCCACGCCAAGGGUGGGGUCUUCUUUUGCCAAAUUUGGCAUGUGGGGAGAGUUUCUAGUUCUGGUUUUCAACCUAAUGGGCAAGCACCGGUCUCUAGCACAAACAAGGGGUUUGGACCUGUUACCCAUCUCGACGGCAGUGUCCAAGAGUACUUUCCUCCCCGCAGAUUAAGAACUGAUGAGAUCCCUUGCAUCGUCAAGGAUUUUAGACUCGCCGCGAGGAAUGCGAUCGAAGCUGGUUUCGAUGGGGUUGAGAUCCAUGGAGCCCACGGAUAUUUGGUUGAUCAGUUUCUGAAGGACCAAGUCAACGAUCGGACAGACCAAUAUGGUGGGAGCCUGGAGAAUCGUUGCCGCUUUGCACUUGAAAUAGUACAAGCUGUGGUUGAUGAGAUUGGAGCUGACAGCGUUGGAAUAAGGCUUUCCCCCUAUGCUGACUACAUGGAAUCAAGGGAUUCUGAUCCAGGUGCUCUUGGUCUCUAUAUGGUCAAUUCUUUGAACAAAUUUGGGAUCUCGUAUUGCCAUAUGAUAGAACCAAGGAUGGUUAAAGUAGGAGAAAAGGUUGAAACUCCUCACUCUCUUCUUCCUAUGAGGAAAGCAUUCAAGGGAACAUUUAUUGUUGCUGGAGGCUAUGAUAGAGAAGAAGGCAAUAAAGUUGUUUCUAGUGGCUAUGCUGAUCUGGUUGCAUAUGGACGCCUGUUCUUGGCUAAUCCUGAUCUUCCUCAAAGAUUUGAGUUGGAUGCUCCACUUAAUAAAUAUAACAGGAGCACUUUCUACAUUCCUGAUCCAGUUGUUGGAUAUACAGACUAUCCAUUUCUUGGUUAAAUACUUGGUGUGAGGGAGAAUAGCAAAUAUGACAUAUAUUACCAUAUGUUUGUUACUGAUUAAGGUGAUAUGAUAACAAUAAAUCAUUUGUCUUGAGCACUCUUUGUUUCAUUGUGCUUGUCCUUAUGGAUUUUGUUGCAGUUCUGCUUAUAUGCUAUAAUAAUGA